AUGCAUGGAUUAGAAAUUCUUCUCCAACGGGAAAACUUUUCGGCUCUACUAUCCCUUUUCACGGAUUCCAAAGUUAAAACCUGCUCUAAUGCGACUUUAGCAGUCCAGCUUGUUAUUGAAGUGGCUUGCAAUAGUGAGAAGCAUGUAGAAAUUGUUCUCGCGCUAUGCCGUAAUCUUGACAUUAUUGACUGUGUGGUCACUAAUGGGCUUAACGUGUUUAGAACAUCCAAGUUUUCCGCCUCCAACGAGGAAAUGUGCCUAGCAAUGGAAAAUGCUAUUCAGAUACUAAGUGAUAUCAUCCGCGCAUCGCAUGUUACAAAUCCCCUAUCAAGUCAUUCAACUAUGGUUACCGAAACUAUUAUCGCAAUUUGUUCAUCAAAUCUUACCUCUGUAUUAGAAUUAAUGAAAUCAAGCGAUUUUAUAUCUGAUCUUGUUUUCGUCUUCUCCUCGUGUAUUAAAUUUCCCAAUAAUAUUCGCUUGUUGAGUAAUAAUCCAAAUCUCCACAAGUUUAUUGUUACCUUAAUUACAGUACCAUUAGCGGUUCUCGUCGAAAUUGAUCAACUACCAUUUAUGAUUAUAAAUUGUAUUAUGCUGAUUGCUGAAGAUAGGCAGGCAUGCUCUAAAUUGAAUACAGUUGAUAUUGCUCGCCACUUGGGCUGCUUUGAGCAGCGAUUACUCGGCGAACUGCGUCGACAUCAGCGAUUGCAAGUCAGAGCUGAAAGUUCUUUGUAA